CGCUUUCUUUUCGCUUGCCAUUCGCCUACUCCGUCAAGCUCUCUUGCCUCGGGAGCAGUAAAUCCUCCACUGUCGGAUCUGAAAGAGACAGUGUCGGCUUGGCUUUUUCCCCCUCCUCUUUUUAUCUCUUACUCUGCAGAACGACGGUCACAUGGUCCGAAAUAAACGGUUCGCCAAUCUUGUCUUAUUUUUAUUAGUUUUCUGAAUUCUAUUUUUAUUUUUAACACGGGAGAAGAUUGUAUUUUGAAUAUUGUGAUUUUUUUUACACUGACCUUGCGUUGAAUGUCAUAAGGAGAUCUUCUGAUUCCUGCCAGGCCUUACUCUAAUAGUUUGUGUGGUUGAAGCCAUGGAUGUUGUCAGUCAUUUCAUUAAUGACACAUUUGAGUUCUACAAAUGGAGCCUUACUAUAGCAGACAAGAGGGUAGAAAACUGGCCCAUGAUGCAGUCCCCCCUGCCCACUUUAGCAAUUAGUUCUCUGUACCUCCUUUUCUUAUGGCUGGGCCCAAAGUGGAUGCGGAACCAAGAACCCUUUCAGCUACGUUCCGUACUCAUUAUUUACAACUUUGGGAUGGUCAUUCUGAACUUCUUCAUCUUCAAAGAGCUCUUCUUAGCUGCCAGAGCUGCAGGGUACAGCUAUAUCUGCCAGCCGGUAGACUACUCAGAAGAUGUCAACGAAGUCAGGAUUGCUGGUGCCUUGUGGUGGUACUAUGUGUCCAAAGGUGUGGAGUAUUUGGAUACAGUGUUUUUCAUCCUGAGGAAGAAAUUUAAUCAGGUCAGCUUCCUUCACGUCUAUCACCACUGCACAAUGUUCACCCUCUGGUGGAUUGGAAUCAAGUGGGUUGCUGGAGGACAAUCCUUCUUUGGAGCCCACAUGAACGCUCUCAUUCAUGUCAUCAUGUACUUGUACUAUGGCCUGGCAGCAUUCGGCCCACAAAUCCAAAAAUACUUGUGGUGGAAGAAAUAUCUGACCAUCAUUCAAAUGAUUCAGUUCCAUGUCACCAUCGGCCACACAGCUCUGUCCCUCUACAUUGACUGUCCUUUCCCGAAGUGGAUGCACUGGGCUCUGAUUGCCUACGCAGUAACCUUCAUCGUCCUUUUCGGUAACUUCUACUAUCGGACCUACAGACAUCCAAAGAAGCCAUCUUCUUCCAGGGCUGGGAAGGUUGCUGCCAAUGGCACUGUGGUGCAUACAAAUGGAGUUAGCAAGUUAGAGAGCAAGAUGGCGGUGGAAAACAGCAAAAAAAAGAAAAAGGGCAAAGCCAAGCGGGAAUAAAAUGGGGGAGCUGGCCUUACCGAUGCAAGUGGCUUUAGAAUUAAGGAAGGUGUGAAAGGAGAUGGGGUCAACCACACCCUGAGCAGAGAUCUUUCUGGCUUUUUUUAGAAGAAAGCUGUUUUUCUAAUGACCAGAAAAUGGCACAUCACCAAAUAAGUAAUUGAAAAUUUAAAAAAGAAAAAAAAAUGGAAAUUUGAGGUCUCCGGCCAGUUGAGCUGGCUUUGUUUUGAUGGCUGUAGCUUGUAAAGGAGCGUUUUAGAAAGCUGGGGAGGUUGUAAAGGUGACUCCUUUUAUGGAUUGAAAGCUAAUUAUGCAUUUUAUGUAAGGUUAACCAAAAGAAUAAUACUAUGCUUAUAUUUUAUGAGAAUUAAGUAUAUCUGUUGUUGUUUAUUUGGAAAUGUAAUGUUACAAUUUGUUACUAUUCAGAAUUCUUGUAUCCCCACUUUUAUUUAUAAUUCAGUAUUAUUAUGAGACUGGGUGAGCCCGAGCUGUAAUGAGGUGAGCUGUAACGUUUAGCGAGUAAAGCCUAGUCGACCAAUUCUGACAUCUCCAUGAAUUCCACGGUUGACCCCGGGCUGUGUCUUCACACACCUUUUAAGCUACAGCUGGACAUUGACCUUCACUGCUGUUCUUGUGGACAUUCGCUCCCAAAUGUUUCUCUUUAGCCCUUUGUUACUCUCUUCACUGUCUCUUUGCUCAUUUUCAGUCUGUGCCCACCGUGUAGAAUACUGGGGUGUCUCAGUUGUGAAGGUUCAUCUACUGUUUAAUUUACACAUUUAUUUUUGAUAAUACUAACUUGUUAUUUCCCCCUAAACUUCUACAACAUUUGGGACGUGGCCUUGUCCAGGCACUCAUAAGCACACUGAUCACACAAUGCCAGCUUCAUUUGCCAGGCGAUAAAUACGCACAUCGGUCUUGAUGGAAGUGUGUUGUCAAAGAGCAGCCGGUUAGGUGGGCCACCCUUUUAUAAACUUGAGGGGGAUUUUAUGAUGAGGUGAAAGCGCACAACAUCGUUCUCGUUGCUAUUAUUAACAUCACAUUGUUCUAUUCCAGUCAUUGGGAUACAUGGCUCCUUAACAAUUUUAAAGUUCUUAAUAUGACUAUACUAUUAUUAUUAUUGGUUGGGUUUUCUGAGCUGUUUAAAUUGUGGUGGGUGGGUGACGUCUUAAAGAUUCAUAGUGACAUCUUACAUGUAGGAAGACUUAUCAUUUUUGAAUCGCCUUUGAGAGUUCUUGAUUGCUACAGCAGCAUUUCCCAGUGGUCCCUGCUAGAAUUACUGGAUGAGCACAAUGGUGUGAACGUGUUCAACUUCCACAGCAAAAUCAGCCUGGACUUAAGGCUCUUGGAAUUGUGAAAAUAGCGGAGGACGGUGUGACAGUUGACCACUCGCACAAUGGACACCGCACAGAAUCAGCCAGGCCGCAGUGGCGAGGGCCCCAUAGCAGAGCCUACGGAUGUGAUUUGUGAGCUCAAAUGCCAGUUCCCUUUUUAAGAAUUAAUUCAGCAACUCAGGAUGGGAAGUGUGAAGAUGCUUGCUUGCCUCCUUAUCACUUAUCACAGUGAUAUACUGAAGAGAGUUCCACCCUCACCAGUUCAUUUCAGUAACACCAUGAGCACAUGCUUAUGAUGACCCACCAUGGUGUCCAUCCACCAAUGUGCUUAUCGACUACUGAAGGAUGUUGGUCGAGUUGGCCAUCCUGGGUUUGUUGGUGCCCUUAGAUCCUGAUGGGCAUUAGCUGUAAUGCCAACCACUAAAAACUUUUAAGAUCAACCACUGAGCUGGCAAGUUGUCUGGUGGUAUCUCUUACAGGGCGCUUGUGCCACUGUGCAGAUGGGAUUUCUUGGCUAUUAGACUUUGUGUUUUGUCUAGAUAUCCCUCUAUCUACUUUUUGUUUGUAUUUAGUGAAAGUGGAAUGUUUCUUUGAAGAUUAAGAAUUAUCUGGUCAUACGUGGCCACGUUGUGCAUAGUCUUUACUUCCCCAGGAAUGAUGUACGCUGCGAACUGUAGAUUAUCCCCAUUGAAAAGCCUAAUGCACCGUCAACAUUUAUAUACACGAAUAUCCAAGUCAGCAAACAAGUACAGCAUGGAGGAGACUUUAUGCAGUUCAUUUAAAGAGCUUUACUGAAAAGUUCACUAAUCAAAAUGGCCUACUCUAUGCUGUUGUUGGUGUUAAUCCAAAAAUAAUAAUAAAUGUGAUCUAAAUAACAGAGGAAAGACCGCUGGGAGUCUGGCGAGAUGUCAAAGAUGACAAAAGACAUGUGGAGACUGAAGGUUAAACUGCGAUCGACAGGACGCUUGCUGACAUCCAAGAUGUCCACACGAAGCUCCCUGAAGCCGACACGUCUAUGCAGUGACCAUGAAGACCGGCGCCCAUGGGAAUCCUGAAAGUUAUACAGUGCUACAACUUUGACAGGCUGAGCAAUUACUAGUAGACUGCCAGACAAAUGUCCUGCAGAAGUUAAAGCUUUUGCAAUAUUUUUUCUGAAAUAUUAAUAUAAAAUGUCAACCAUAUCAACUGUGUGGAUUUCAAGAGUUUGAAAGUGGCCAGUGAUUUAAGACCGUGGCCUUGGUCAACUGCUCAUAUGACCAAAGAUCCCAAUGAAACGGCACUGGUGGGGUGCCGUUUCUUGGCUGUUGUAAAUUUCUUGUUCAACUCGAGCACAGCAUUAGUGUCAUUAGUGGAUGUUCGCUGUGACUCCUGUCAUGAAUUCUCUUGACAGCAUCCCCGUGACAAAUACAGUCAGAUUUCUUUUUUUUUUUUUUUUAAAGUAGACAGGUUAAUCUGAAAUUUUAUGUCACAUUGUGCUUCUCUCCAAUGUUGGCCAGUUAUGUCUCUUAAGAAGAAACGGAAACAAGUGCUGAGCUCUUUAGACCACCCUGUAGGUUUUCGAUUUUUGUCUGUAGAGCAACCACCUUAAAAAUCAUCAGAAACAUGGAGAGUAACUUGGGGUAUUUGGUACAAGACAAGGAUAUUCUCUGGAGGGUUAUUGUGUCAGAACUGUGGAUUACAGAAAUAACAUAGCACAGCAAAGCAGUUGUGUUUGUUCUUUCAUUUGCUAUACCUACCCUACAUGUCUUUUUUUACUUUGACAAACCAAACUGACCUCUACACAUUAGCCACACUCCACAUGGGGGUCCCCACCACAGUCCAACCUUACAUUUACUUCUUCUUGUAUACUCACAGUUAAUCCUGAGUCUGAUAAUGGCCACCUCAGCAGUGCAGAUGACAACAUUAAAAGCUGGAUUUGCUAGUGGAAAUUCUGCAGCAUCCAGACCUGAAGGUAUAGUUAAAGCAAACAAGAGGUCAGGAAAUCAAUAUGUUCAAAGGAAAUGUCAAAAACCUCAAGCGUCAGGGUGAAAAUGAAAUACACGGGUACACAAAGGAAAGUUAAUGGGGGUAACAAUUUAAAUAAAUGGAGGAACACAACGUUAAAAAGGCAAGGAGGGAAAAGACUGAACAACUACAAGUGGCAGGUGCACAUCCAGAGGGAAUUUAUAGAUGUAGGCAAAGUAGGUGGACCGUAUGCACGCUGCCAGUACACGGGAUCGGUUCGGCUGAUGUUGAUGAGCUGUCAGAUGUCCCCACCUCCUACAAAGUGUUGUUACAUCUACUUAAAGCAACAGAACGAUCUCCUGGAGAUUGUCUAGUCGGACCUGCUAUUGAGCAAGAAGCACAUGCAGAAUUGUAACACGGAGAUGAGUCGGUCAGCUAUCAGUAACACUGAGGCCCAGCUUUGGUCAGCAGUGCACUAAAAUCACGUGGACAGGGAAAAAGGAGAGUGUGUGGGCACUGGUGAGCACAAGAAAGUCCAUCACACUGGGACAAGUUCAAGUGACAGCCAUUCAUCAAUUUUUCUCAUUAAUAUUUAUGCAAGGUGGAGAAGGCGGCUUUCUCGUUUUGAGUUGGAGGAGCUAAAGGAGGAGUAAAGUGGAGAACGCCGGGCCCAAAUCACCGAGCUUGAAAGCACCGUGGAGUUCCAUUUUCUUCCCUGCUUCCCAACAUAUUUCACAUGCACGAAAAUCUUUUAACAAAAAAACAAAAGACAAAUGAUUUUUGUCGUUGUUUUGUUGUAGACUGCCUGCCUAUUGUUCCACAUCCAUUGUAAGAAGGGCACCAUGUUGAAGUUGCUACUAGCAAAUCUGCUGUUUUCUUAUGCUUGUUUUAUAGGAUUCAAAUACUUUUCUGUUUCACUUUCUUCCACUCUUAUUCAGAGCAAAUCUUAAUCGCUGGUCCAAAUAUGAACAAGGAUUCCAGACAGACAAGAAAUGCAGCCAUGUUUGUUCUGUUUUGUCAUGUAUUCUUUGUGUGACUAAAUUCCAAUUAUUAAUUCCUAUAAUGUCCUAAAAAUAUUUUACUCUUGUUCAUAAUUAAGAUGUUCAUCGGUUUCAAGAAUGGGCUGUCAGUGUUGUCCGCCAUUCUUCUGUAUAAUAAACCCUGGAUUCUCACUCAAACUACUGAGUAAAUAAAAAGAAUGCUGAUGUAAA